UUUUACAUUCUUACAUAUUAACCCCACUUGCUCCCUCUCUUCUCCUUCUUCAUCUGACUCCUCUUCUCUCUCCCUCUCUCUCUCUCUGUUUCACCUUAAUGAACUCCCAGAAAGCGAACAACACUACACUAAAUCGAAACUAACCUUUCUUCGGUUUUAAUACAGAAAUGAGAGAGCUUGAGCGCUUGAAGACGAGCAUGAACCAUCCAUGGCCGCCGAUUGGAGCUCCGAUGAAUCUCCGGCGAGAAGAGCCGUGGAAAUCUCGAUUUGACGACUCAGUUAACGCCGUCUCCUUUGGGUUCGUCGCUACUGCGAUACUCAUUUCAAUGUUCCUCGUCAUGGCCAUCUUCGAGAGACUGAUUCGAACCACCACCACAACUACUAACCCAGAUUCCUCUUCGGGUAUGGACUCUCGGGUCGGGUUCAAUGGCCCUGCGACUAAGCUCGGUUAUCAAUCUCCCAAGAUGACUGUUUACGCAAACGGAGUAUCGGUAUUAAUGCCAGGAGAUGAUAUUCCCACUUUCAUAGCUCAUCCAGCCCCUGUGCCUUGUCCUCCUCAACACAUUUCACAGUCUCAGCAUCAACAUAGCUCAUCAAGAGAUUCCUCCAACUCAAACUCCAUUCAAGAAUGUUGAAGACUGUUUAUUUAUCUCGUACCACCAUUGGCUGAUUAAACAUUCGAGCGACCAACCACAUUGAGUAGAGUUGAGUAUGGCAUCGGAUGUUUUUGUUUUCUCAUUUUGUUUUUUUUUUGUUUCUCCCGGUGAGUUCGCUACAUUGAUUGGGUUCGGGGAAAUUAUCUAUCCGUAUUUGUGUACAUAGCUUUAGGAUCAGAAACCGGUUUAUGCCCUUAGCAUAAUUAAGCAUAUAUUCAAGA